GCGACCAUCUCUGUUGUUCAUUGUUCAAUAUUUUGAUCGUGCGUGCAUGGUGCUUGUUAUGGCUCAUAAAUUAUAUAUUUUGUAGUUUUAUACAACUAUAAACAAUUGUUACGUGUAAAAUAUUGAGAAAAGGACGUUUACUAUAGAUGUGUGAAGACGGAAUACCUGUCGGUAUUUAUACAUUUGUUGAGUGAAUACUAAUUACCAAAAUGUCUACAAGACGAGCAAGAGUCAAAGCUGUUAUUUCUUUACCGCCUCGAAGAAAGAAUAACGAGGCUGCAAACAAAGCCAACGAACUUGUUAAGGAAGCAGCUGAGAAACCGAUUAAAAGCCCUAGAACGCCACGCGGUUCUUUAAAAAGUCAAGAUAGCAUUGACAGGCAAUCGCCGAAGCCUGGAUCUCCAUUGAGGUCGCCGCGCUCUGGGAAUGUUUUGAGACAACAGGAACGAGUGCCAUCGCCUCUGGUUCAGGCUGAAGUAACAAAAGAAGCAGCUCUUACGCCAAAGAAGGCGGCAAAAGUAUCUGUGAUAACGAGUGUAAACAGUGCAAAAUCAAGUGUGUUUGUGUCGCCGAAGAGAGUAGCGAGCCCAUUUAGGAAGCUUACUCCUUCUCCUCUAGUCCAUACCUCAGUCAGUGUACAAAGAGUAACUCCUUUGACUCCUGAGAAAGUUGCUAGAAUAUAUAAACUUGAUGGGAGUAAAAUUGUGGAGAGUGAAACUAGCAGUAGAAGGAAAAGAGGUAGUAAGGAUGCAAGUACCUCUAAUGUUGCUUCUGAUGUUCCAGAUGACUACAAUGUCCCAAGCGUACCCGAAAGUAUUACCGAAGACACAGUUAUGGAUGGGAUUGUACCUCUCCAAUCACUCUCAAGUAGUGGUCCCAAACCCUUGGCCCUCUUGAAAAAUGAGAUUAUAUCGGAAAAUGUGGAAGUCUCUUUCGACCCUAUUGUGCCAUUGCCCUCACCGAGCAAAGUACGGCAGAAGCUUCGUCCAGUCCCCAGACUAGCGCCUUUGAGAAGAAAUAGUGUGCAGGGCAGUGCAUCAGAAUCGGAAGAUGAGAGUCGUCGAGCCUUACUAAGCAGUGGUGGUACGUCCACUCCGGCCCCACCAUCACGUCAGCGCGAGCGCAGUGAGACACACACGCCACAGCCAGUGCUACCUACACCCAACAAAGAAAUAAACCGCAUCAGACAAGAUUCAAUGUGCUCCUCAGUCAGCCAACUAACUACUGCCACACAGCCACCGACCGCCACUUCACCAACCAAAGAGAAACAAGUAUCCAAAACCCGUCGCCUGGAUAUGUCACGUCGCAUGGCAGCGAUGCGCCGGCGCCGCGAGGCAGUCAAGAAGGACACGCUUACUAUGUACGAUCUCAUCUUCUACAACCCCACCACCAACCCUAUUGUGCCAGACGACGAUGAAAUAGAAGCAAAGAAACUGAAUGAGAAAGAGGAAGCGGCUCGCAAUGCCAAGCAGGCCGAGGACAAGGAGGACGACGAACCAGAACAGGACGCUGCGCCCGUGCCACAGAUUAAACUGGGACCUAAUGGAGAGAUCAUGCUGGAUGAACAGAGUCUGGUAAUAAAACAAUCCCAGAAGCGCAAGGUAUCCCAGAACGUGGUCCACGAAGGUGCGUGGGCUACGGGCAGUAGUAGCGGGCGCUACCGGCGCACGCCGCGCACCGCGGACUGGAGCGACGCCGAGACUGUACGCUUCUACAGGGCACUCGCCGCCAUGGGGACCGACUUUAUGCUGAUGGAGAGGCUCUUUCCUGGACGAACGAGAAGGGAUUUGAAGCUUAAAUUCAAAAAAGAAGAACGUAUGAACAUGGCACAAGUGGACAAGGCGCUUCGUACUACAGUGAAAUGGGACGCCAGCCGCCUUGAAGACGAGUUCCAAGCAGAACGCAAGGAGGCCGAGAUACGUGCCGCCAGAGACAAAGCCGAGCUCAACAAACGUACUAAGGAGAACCAACAACGACGCCGUGAAGCACGCGACCUGAAGAUAAAGAUGAGUCACAGUACAAAAGCAUUGGAGUCCUCAAUAUUCCCGGAUACAUCAGUCACUCUCACGGCAGAUCAAGUUAUACUCCGCUAUCACGAGGCGAAAGAAAAAGCGAAGGAAACCAAAGGUAAGAGGGGGCGACCGAGAAUGGACAGCCCUUCAAAGCACGCAAUCUCUCAAGAAACUCCACGAGUCAACGUCACACCUUCACAACCACACUUGGAUAUGGCAACACUUACAAAAAUAGACCCUAAGUCUAUGGGCAAAACGCCCGACAAGCAACCAACUCCUUCACCGGUAGUGCCUUCAAAUAUAGAAAAUGGAUCCCUGGUCGUACUCACGGUCAAUGACCCUAAAUCUCCUGCUAAGAAAAUGUUACAAACGUACAUUGCGAGUGGUGGAGGCCGACUGACUCCGGUGGCUUUACCGAAUUCGUUACUCAACUCUGUAGUGACCUUUAUGAAGAAGGGAGGGACUCCUAAAAGUAUGUCAGCGGCUUCCUCUCCUCACUUGACCUCUCCCAGCAGUGUCACAAGUCAGGACAGUCGGCCCUCCUCCACUCCAGGAGUCAUUGUGAACGCCAGUCCGGCAAAACGACAACGACAUAGUUCAUACACUAUAACGCAGCUUUAAGAUAUGUGUACGGUACCUGAUGAUAGAAUUAUUAUUAUUAACGUGGGCACUUGGAAUAAGUAUCUCGAAUCUCAUAACAAAUAAUGAAGAACUGUCUUGAAUGUUGCAAGGGCUUCCCCUUGCAAGUACCUUCGUACUUGCAAUAGUGCAGUGCAAACUUAAUGCAAGGGAUAUUCUCAUUAACGUAUUUUUCAGUAAAUGUUGCCACUAAAAUAUGAAUUUAAAAAGCAUAUAUAUGGUCGAAUUGAGAACCUCCUCCUUUUUUUAAGUCGGUUAAAAAUGCGACAAUCUAAAUCUGCCGACAGAUAGCUUAUUGAGAAUGGAUCAUCUAUCAUCUUCCAACUUCAAUACAAGAUAGAAACAACGUCACAUAAAAAUAUGUCCUUUACUGCUCAUGUUACGGCCAGUUGCAGUAUUCUAUGUAUCAAGAUUCGUGUAAAAAUAUACUUGUAGUUACCAAAUCUUCUAGAUAGAUAUUAAUACUGGUCGUUAGUCAAUAUCAUCUGGUACUGUAACUUACAAACCAUAUUUUAAUAUUAUUAUUAUUACAUACAUACCUAUAUUUUAAUGCAAGCGAAUUGUUGUAAACGCCAAAAGCAAUAAAUAAUGUCCUAGAAAUAUUGAAAUAAGCUAUUAUAGUAUUUUCCAUAGCCUGUACUUAUUGCCUUCCGCGCUUAACGCUGAUUCGUAUCACAAAUGUAAUUAGAAUUAGUAUUAAAAAAAAGACAAGAGGUUGAAAUUUAAAAUACGGGACAAAGAAUAAGAAUGGCAAUGGCUACGAUCACUAUUAUCAGCUUCUUGAACGAAUUACUAAUCAAUCUUUUACAAGAAGGCCUCUUUUCCAUUACACGGUUGUUGUAAGCCGUACGGUUGAAAAAACGUGCUAGCUUGUACAUGAUACGGCAAAAUCACCGCGCGAGACAUUGGUAAGUACUGGCUAGUAGCGCUUUUUACUCGGGCUGUGUAGGACGUGCUGCGUCAUGAAUUUUCUUACGAAAAAAAAGAUUAUAGUUGCUUAUUACAUAUAUAGGAAAAAGAAAAUAGAAAAAAAAAGGGAAGUAAGGUUUUGGAAACAUCCGAUUUUAGAAAAAAGGGAGGAAUAUGGCGCGUUUCAUACACUUGUCAAGAAUCAAUUGAGAGAAGAUGAAGACAAGUUUUACAAUUAUUUUAGAAUGCAGAAAACUACAUUCGACAACUUGCUCCAAAAAUUAUCCCAGGAACUAAAACAUCAAGAUACUUUUAUGCGAGAGACUAUAUCGCCCGCAGCCGCAGAAAGAUUGGCUGUAACUCAGGUAAGUAGGUACAAAAUUAAAUGACAUAUUUUAGUUUAAAAUUAUUUAUUGCACACAAACAAGAUUAUUACAUGUAAUUGAAUUUUAAUAAUUAUUAAUUUAAGAACAAGUAAAUCAAAAAAUACACUACGCUGAAAAUGCUACUCAAGUGCGGUACUAAAAUCGAAUUCGUCUUCAAUAGAAACUUGAGAAUCUGCCGAGAUACUUUCCGCAUUUACACUAUGUACAGAUAAUUGUGAUUCGGGUCGGUAGUGGAUUGGCUCUAAACCUGAACCGUGUCCAAAAUCAUGAGAAGACGUCUGUGGACGACUUAUUCCAUAGCCCGAUCUAGCAGCUGUAGAAUAUCCAUAUGUUGACGAUUGCGUAUUUGAGGAUGCUGUACCACUUAAAUAUCCUUGAUGGCCUUGAUGCCAUUGGUUUCUUGAUGUAGGUAUACAUUUUUUUAACUCAACAUUUUUUUUAGGAACAUCAUUUCAUCAUAGAACAUAUAUUUUCUUAUUUUUUUUGCUGAAGAACCAGACUUACAUUCAUUAAUUUUUUUGUCAUAUUUUAUCCAGCUAUCUUUCAUAUUGGUCCACUUCUUCAUCACCAUUUGCCCUGAAAAAAAAAAAUAAUAAUUAUUAAAUUCAAAAUUUAUAAAAACCCCCGACCUAAACUGAAUCGACCCCGACCUAAAAUGGGGUUUUAGUAUUUGAACCUGAACCGUUUUGUUUUAUAUUUCAGGUAUCUAGCAACAGGAGACCUUUACUGACCUAUACUACAGCUAUAGAAUUGGAAUAAAAACCAUAAGUUGCAUCGUACGUGAAGUAUGCCACUACAUUUGGUUAGAACUGUAUAAAGAAUAUAUGAAAAUGCCAUCUAAAGAAGACUGGCUACACAUUGCAAGCAAAUUUCAAGAAUCUUCCAACUUCCCGCUGUGCUUAGGAGCGGUCGAUGGAAAACACAUCAGACUUAUUAAGCCAAUUGAUAGUGACUCGAUGUUUUUAAAUUACAAACAUUUUUUUUCUAUAGUUUUGAUGGCAGUAGUAGAUAGCGAUUACAACUUUAUAUUUGUUGACGUUGGCGCCUACGGAAAGGAGUGUGAUUCCAGUGUGUUUAAAGAGACCCCAUUUUGGAAAAAAUUAACAAACAACGGAUUAAAUCUACCCGAUGCAACACGUUUGCCUGGAAUUGACUACGAUUUGCCAUAUGUGUUCGUUGCGGACGAAGCCUUUGCUUUGCAUUAUCACUUGCUUCGUCCAUUUGGUGGUCAUCAGCUUGAUCAAUUAAAACGUACAUUUAACUACAGACUCACCAGAGCGCGAAGAUUUGUUGAAUGUGCGUUUGGCAUUUUAUCCAAUAAAUGGCGAAUUUUUCACCGGCCAAUGAAUGUGUCCAUCGAUUUGGCAGUUCAUAUUGUGAAAACAUGUUGUGUUUUGCAAAAUUUUAUACAUAAGCAGGAAAACUUUCAGUUUCACAAUGCGAGUGAAAAUGAGUCCACCCUUGAUUCAGAAUCGGAACUAAUCCAGUUACCUAUCACGAAUGCAGUUCGCGGAAGUUUGGCGGCUAAUGAAGUUCGCAACAGAUUUGCACAAUAUUUUGUAUCUAACGAAAGUCGCCUCUCCUAUCAAAACAACUAUGCAUAAGUAAAAAGUUAAUAAUUAAAUAUCUGUAACUUACCAAACUUGUUUUUCUCAUCACCACUUAAAUCUUCAAAUGUGGGCUGGAAAUGAAUAAAUAUUUCUUUCCAGGAAUCAUAUUUAAGCCGCUUAUUUUUAUAAUCGUCGAUGGUCUUAUCCCAUAUUACAGGCCUUUCUUGAAUCAACGUAAUUAAUAAUUCUUGAUUUAUGUUCAUUUUAUAAUAAAAUCGCGAAACAGCGUAUAUAAGCGGCCACGAAUCCGUGCGUAUGUACGUCCGGCACCGUCGACACACCCCGAUAGACUGCCAUACAACACUGGUGAAAAUCACGCCGUGCGUAGACGCGGCGCGCCGAGGGGCAGUCACGGCGCACGCCGCCGCGGCGCCGUGCCUUGGCGCCACCGUGCAUGUCGACAAGCUCAUAUAGUGAUCCAUACCACACUGACGACCGUGCCUACACGCGGCGAAUUAACCGUAGAUUUUCACGGCGAGAAACCGUGUAAUGGAAAAGAGGCCGAAGUCUUUAAGUUUGUCCCGUCUUUUAAAUUCCAGACUUUACCUAUAUUUACAAAGUUCACCUCUGACGUUGAUCAAUAUAUUUUCACAGACUUUUUAACAUCAACUAUCGUCUAUAACUAUUAUCGAUAGAAAAUUUUCGAUUAUCAAUAGAUUAGAUAGACGAUAUUUUCUAUCAAAAGACCGAUUUUUAAAUUGCUCGCAAGACGUCUAAUGUUGUAUAUUAAUCAGAGCCAUGAGAAAUAGGGUAGCAUGAGUUUUAUUAAAAUAAUAAUAUUAAUAAUUGAAUGUGAAUUAGCUAUAGUUUUAAAACAAGUCAACAAUUUGCUAGGUAUAGUUCGUUCUCCUUUUUACGAAACCUAGAGGUACCUAGUUUUAUCCCAUCGAUAGGUAAUGAAUUAAUAAGUAAUUGUUUCUUAUUUGUAUAAUAUAAGUUGACAUUUAAGUUAACAAAAGUGGCUGCGGUUUACCAAGUAGCACUAAUAUGGAGUGAGACAUCACCUAUUGUUUUUAUUUAUUUAUUUACACUUUUUGUACAAUACAAUGGCGGACUUAAUGCCUAGUGGCAUUCUCUAAGUCAACCUUAUCCAAUUAGUGUAGCUAACAAAAUUGAAUGUCCAACGGUUUAAUAUUAGUUUAUUCUCUACUGUACCCAAUGCUUCAUUAACACCAUGUAGUGAGCAUAAAAUGAAAACCCUCAUUAGAAAAUUUUGUCGCGUGUUAAUUAUGUUAUUAGUGCGUUGUAAAUAUCGCCGAGUUCGAAUCUGCUAUUAUUGGUACCAGCUAAGUUUUGUAGAACCUUUAUACAAGACAAUAGCAACUAGGUUUUUGAAAAACGGAAAACAAAUCUCUCUAUGUAUUUUAAAUAAGUUAAUUGUAUAUUUAGAAGUUAUAGAAUUAAGGGUCUUAAUUUAUUUUUCCUGUUAAAUGUAUUGUACGUACUUUUUAUUUGGUUGGUACAUUCCUCUGAUUCCCUUCUUCAAGCUUUUGCAUUUGAACUGAAGAUGGCACUGCAAAUACUUAGUACUUACAUUACAUAUCGACUUGAUUUAAAUUUUAAUGAGUGUGAACCUUAACAAUAUCGGUAGUUGGUUCCAUUUACUUCAACCGGAGUACCCGAACUCCAUGCCUUGACAUAGGAACUUUCCUAAGCACUCGCAUCCCGAAAGCACUCACCCGCUGCCUAUUAACGGUCCAUUAGCCAGCUCCAAACUCUAAGUUUUAAAUAUUGUACUUAAAAACAAAACUAAGUGCUAUCUUCAGUUCUUUUCUCUAUCUUUCUCUCUUUAAUAGUAGUGUUAAAUAAAAAGUUCAAAAUAUAAAAGAGAUUACUUAUACUUUGUAUACACUGUAGAGUUGAAUUGUAGAAGUAAAAUGUAAUGUGAUACAUUUCAAUAUUUUAAUUGAACUUGUUAUCCGAUCUCAGAUGUUUUUAUACAAAAUAUAACACAUAUUUUGACUGUAAUUAAUAUACACCAAUAAAAUCAACUAACUAAUACUAGUACUAGUGUGACCUACUUGUUAAUCCUUAUAUUGAAAUUGUUAAGAGUCUAGUUUAGUAUCUAGUUAUUUUAUUAUACCAAAUAAAAUAAUGAGU